AAAGAAGCGAUGGCCAGAACCAAGCAGACCGCCCGUAAAUCCACCGGAGGAAAGGCUCCCAGGAAGCAGCUGGCUACCAAAGCUGCCCGUAAGAGCGCCCCGGCUACCGGUGGAGUGAAGAAGCCCCACCGUUACAGGCCCGGUACCGUGGCUCUCCGAGAGAUCCGCCGUUACCAGAAGUCCACUGAGCUGCUCAUCCGCAAGCUGCCCUUCCAGCGUCUGGUCCGGGAGAUCGCUCAGGACUUUAAGACCGACCUGCGCUUCCAGAGCUCCGCCGUCAUGGCUCUACCUGGCCAAUCACUGAACAGACAGGAUCUAUAA